GGGCGAAGUGUGCGCCCCAACUUUGAGCGUCCCUAAUGAUUUCUCGUGAAUUUCGUCUCGUACUAUGGCUGUUAUGUGUUCACCUGGCUGGCAUCUACCUCUUUACUAAGGGCUUCCUGCUUAGCCGACUCGCCCUGCCAGACAGAGGUGCAUGCGGCUCAGACACCUGCGCCUCACUCGCGACCCACAAAAGAGCCGUUUUACUCGUUAUAGAUGCGCUCCGGUUUGAUUUCAUCGCAGAACAUCCGCCAGAACCUGCCUCCCCUUUUCAUCACAAUAUCCUGACUCUGCCUCGCGAAUUGACUACCACUCAUCCCAAUCGAUCAUUCAUAUUCAACGCGUAUUCAGACCCGCCGACGACAACUCUUCAGCGACUCAAAGGUCUUACCACGGGAUCUCUACCUACCUUCGUAGAUGCUGGCGAAAAUUUUGGAGGUUCUUCCAUUCACGAAGAUUCCAUAAUACAUCAAUUAAAUGCUGCGGGAAGAAAGAUUGCUCUCGCCGGGGACGACACAUGGCUCACACUAUUCCCAGAUGCCUUCCAGCCAAAUAUGACGUUUGCCUUCGACUCCUUCAACGUCGAAGACCUUCAUACUGUGGACGAGGGCGUCAUCGACAAUCUUUUACCGUUGAUGCGACAUCAUCAAACCUCAUGGGAUUUCGCCAUUGGUCAUGGUUUAGGCGUGGACCAUGCAGGUCACAGAGUCGGCCCAGACCAUCCGGUGUUGCGAGCGAAGCUCGAGCAGAUGAACAAUCUUUUGCGCGAUGUAGUUGCGGCCAUGGACGACGACACCCUGCUCAUAUUGCUCGGGGAUCAUGGAAUGGAUCGAAUGGGCAACCACGGCGGUGACAGCACCCUAGAGACAAUGUCAGCUCUCUGGAUUUAUAGCAAAAUCCCUCUUUCUUUUACUCAGUACACCAUUCCUGAAGCCAUUGUACCGAAGAUUACAUUCCCAGAAGCUCCGGUCCCGCAUCGCUAUGUCCAGCAGAUAGACCUGGUGCCAACUAUCUCCUUGCUCCUGGGUCUUCCAAUCCCAUUUAAUAACCUUGGGAGCGUCAUUCCAGAACUUUUUAAUCGGGAUCCCGAUGGUUCUUCUUUGCAGAAAGCCAUGGAGCUCAAUGCAGCUCAGAUCAUGCGCUAUCUCGAUACUUAUCGAUCCAGUUCGUCUGGAAUGGAGCUUGAUGCCGCCUGGCAUGAUUUCUCCGUUGCCUGGGCCGGCAUAAGUGCGGUGGACGGGGAGCACCGUCUCGUUGCACUUGAUAACUUCACCCGCUUAGCAUUAUCUACUUGCCGUCUUCUCUGGGCUCAGUUCAAUGUCUUGCUGAUGGGCGCUGGAUUGGCAGUUAUCGGUUUAAGCAUUGUCGCAGGCUGGGCCUUGUACUCAACUCUCCGAGAUGUUGGGGACGAUGAGUGGGAAAAGUGGGUGGACGAUAGAGUCUUGUGGUCUUUUAGCGCCUCUGCUGUAGGAUUUGCCCUAGGGUACCUGGCAGAUCUUAUAUUGCACGAGUAUUUGGAUGGUGUUGCCAUGCACCAAACCAUGCUCUUCGUUGCCGCCAUUUCAUCAUUGUUCGUCGUGGUAGCUGCAACCCGCCCUACAAUCACCUUGGCGUCUAUAAAGGCACUUCCCAUCUUCCUCAUCCUACACACCUCGUGUUUCGCGUCAAACUCAUUCACAGUAUGGGAAGACCGUAUCGUGCUCUUCUUCCUCAUCUCGUCCAUCGUCCCAUCUGUCAUCACAGGAUUCACUGCUCCGACCUCUCGGCUGCGCUACCGUAUCCUAGGCUUUUCUACUCUCUUCGCAGCAUGCGUGCGGCUCAUGGCUACGAGCACCAUUUGCAGAGAGGAACAACACCCUUAUUGCACCGUGACCUUUUACGCGUCCGAGUCAUCAUCAGCCCCUCCACUCAUAGCACUCCUACUCGCCUUCCCUGUUGCGAUCGCAAUCCCCCGAGCCGUCCGCCGUAUACUCAAAAUCUCCAAGUCUGACUCAGGUCUGGCUGCAACGUUUAUCCCGCUCUUCCUCGCUCCAACUUUAAUUGCUGGCACGAUGUUCUGGGUACUCGAAUGGGUAGACUCUGCAAAAAUUUUGGGCGAUAUGGGAGAUGUUUUGAGGAUGACGCGAACCGUCCUGGCGAGGACCACUACUGCUGCUAUGUUGAUUGGGGGCAUUUCACUCUGGUGGACGUCACCAGUUUGCCUUGCGAUCUCGAAAAAUCAGUCGAGUCCACAAACUCCUGCGUCUACCUCAGAGGAAAAGACUGAAGUCACUGUGUUGGGCUUUGCCAACGCAUUUGGUUCUCCGUACCUCAUUUUCUGGCUGAUCUUCCUGAGUAUCGUCUGGUUGAUGACCCAGCUCUCAGGGCAGAUUGUCCUCGGGUUUGCAUCUGUCGCGCUGCUCUCCUAUCUGGAGGUCAUCGACAGCGUUCGGGACGUACACGGGUUGAACGAAGCCUUCACAUCCGCCUCUCCAUCUUCCGCACUCGACCUUGCUACUGUCAAGCGAGACCUCUUAUUUUCAGAACUCGUACCGCUGGGGCUUUUAGCUAUGCAUACAUACUACAGCACAGGCCACCAAUCGACGAUCCCCUCAGUUCAAUGGAAAAGUGCAUUUAUCUUCGGGUCGACGGUCUCUUUCCCGUUCUCGCACAUAUCCUUGACGAUCAACACCCUCGGUCCGUUCGUACUGAUAGCUCUCGCUACGCCCUUACUCGUGCUCUGGAACCUUCCUCCACUGCCACACCCAAAAACCCUUGGUGCGUCUGCGCUAAGAGCUGGAAUAGGGAUAUCGUUGUAUUUUGCGGUGUUGGCGUUUGGAGCUGCUGUGUUUGCUGCGCUGUUGAGGAGGCAUUUGAUGGUGUGGAAGAUUUUUGCGCCUAGGUAUUUGUUUGCUGCUUUGGCGCUUUGUGCGGUGGAUGUGGGUGUGUUGAUUGGGGUUGGGGUGGGUGUUGGGAGGGUCAGGGAGGAGAUUGUGAGGGUGUUUAGGGCGGUUUCUUGAUACGGGGCGGUACUAGUAUUGAUGAAUGCUCUUCUCGGUGGGACAUGGUGUUGGUAUUUUAUCGGAGAUCGUAGCGCCGCUCACACAGCAAAUCCCCGACUCCGAUAACAUUAAUUAUAUGUCUCGACGUGUUGAUAAAGAGACAACAUACUCCCCGACUCCCACUAACGUGGGAGGACCUACUGAUAUUCCCUUGGAGUCGGGGAUUGACGCACAUACGCGACACAAGAAUGUUUUGAAACUCCGACUUAGUAGUACCAAUUAAUUGUUCUUUUCAGC